ACAUUUUGAGCUGCUGGGGUCGGUCCGGUUUGUUUGUGGGGUCUCAGUCUGAGUUCGGGACUAACGGACAGUUGGUCGGUGAAGCAGAAACCCAUUUAACAGGAAUCCGGUGUAGUUUAAGCGGUGGAUGUAAAGCGAGUCACAGAAGCUAGCAGAGUCCUAGAUGCUAGUUAGUUAGCGUCAGCUAGCUGGCCUGCCCUCCUCUGCCUCCUCCUCCUCCUCCUUCUCCACCUCCUCCUCCUUCUCCACCUCCUCCUCCUUCUCGACAGCUGGUCCCUUCUGACAGACACAAUGGCUUUAAAACGGAUUUCUAAGGAACUAACGGACCUUUCCAGAGAUCCUCCGGCUCAGUGCUCAGCCGGGCCCGUCGGUGAAGACAUGUUUCAUUGGCAGGCUACUAUAAUGGGUCCACCUGACAGUCCGUAUCAGGGCGGAGUGUUUUUCCUCACCAUUCAUUUCCCCACUGAUUAUCCAUUCAAACCACCCAAGGUCGCCUUCACAACCAGAAUUUAUCACCCAAAUAUAAACAGUAACGGCAGCAUCUGUCUGGAUAUUUUACGGUCUCAGUGGUCCCCAGCGUUAACCAUCUCUAAAGUCCUUUUGUCCAUUUGUUCUCUGUUAUGUGACCCAAAUCCUGACGACCCACUAGUGCCAGAGAUCGCCCGUAUCUACAAAACAGAUCCUGUCAGGUACAACAAGACAGCUCAGGACUGGACUCAGAAAUACGCCAUGUGAUCUCCCGGAGCUACCUGAGUUUCUCACCUGGCCCCGCCCCCUCCGCCCACCUUAACCUGCAGUUUGUUCACGUUUCUGUUUGUCUCAUCCUGAACUGUGAUGCUGUUAAACCCUCUGUCUGUCUGUCUGCUGGAGACAGGAGCUGCAGCCUUGGAGCAGAAGGUGGCCGGGCUGUCGCAGCCGAACCGGACCCGCUCGCUCCUUCAUGCAUGUCAGUGAUUGGUUCAUGUGCUGCUCUGAACUCUGUGUCCACGUUUUAAAGAAGAAAAGCUGUUUCAGUUUGUAGUUUGUUUUUGAGUUUUUAGACGAGAGCCGUUAGUUUAUCCAUCAUCCGACUCCGUUCUCCUGUUUUUGCACUGGAAAGCGAUCCGACGCUCCCGCGGCUGAUCGAUCAACUAAUCGCCCUGUGACAGUUUUUCUGAAUAAAGAUGAACAAAUGGAA